UUAUGAUUAUGACACGCAAAUGAAGCUGUUCUUUGCAUGAAGAUUAUCUGAAAGGAAAAACAGGACUGGCUUUCCGAAGGUCUUUGAGAAGUACUCGUUCUGGAAGGCAGGUACAUUAAUGGUGUUAGCAUCCAUGAGUUGGUUUCUGUAUUUCAUCUGUUAGGGCGGACAGUUCUCAAGGCAGAAACGAGUUCUUUCAAAGGAAGCACGUGGUUUCUGAGGGCAGGCUGCAGAACUUGGUGGAGGAGAGCAGUAUCUUUUGUAUGUGUUCAGUUGGCAAAGAAUAUAGCUGUCAUUUAGCAGCACUCAGAUAGUGAGCGAAUACGACUAGAGGAAUCAAACUGAGGUUUCAGUGAAAGCUAUGAAGUUUGUUAUUUGAAAGACAAACAACUGAAUGUAAAAACAUCUCUCACUGUUCACAUUUAGAAGCAGCAGUCAAUCCAUAGCUUUGUUACAACCAACAGCGGGGGCUUGUGAAUAUUUGUCUGCAGGGCUGUGUUCCAGGGUUUUUCAGGAAUAGGGGAGUUGUUCAUUUUGUUUGGAUGCUAUGCCGGUCUUGCCUAAUGCUGUAGAAGAGAGAAAUAACGAUCACUUUAGUCUGGAUGCUGGAGCCCAUCUGGGACUGUGAUGUUCUCUUCAGGGCUUAGCAGCUUAGCGACAAAUGAAUUGCGUUUGCAACGCUUUCUUCUAAACAUUUGUAAUUAACAAUGUUUGUAUAUAUGUAACAUAGAUGACUUGGGAAUCAGACCCACCUUUCUAUCGCAGCGUUUGGUUGCUUGAAUGGUUGCAAGUGUCUGGCUGCCUGAGGAGCCAGACGUUGGGCCAUUGGCAGAGGUGGAAGGAGGUUGCCAUCAGUGCAUUUGGAGAAUCUUGGCUUGUGGUAGGAACUGUGAGCGCAGACCUCUCCAACGUGGGGCUCUGCUUAUUUCCUGCGACUUACCACAAAGAUUUUUCAGCACUUCACUGUUGAAGCUUACACAAAAGAUAUUGUCUGUGUGCUGGGGAGGGGUGCAGGCACUCCAGGGGCUUUUUGAUGCUCUUCCAGCAGCGAGCUGAGUGUGAGCUCCAAUGCAACUGGAGACUUGUGCCACAGCUCCACUGCUGGCUGGUCUGAGGCAGCAGAGGUGUUGCCUCCAGGUCUUGGCUGAGUGUGCAGAGAGACAGAAUUGAGCCUCGCAUGUGAGGGAGAAUUGUCAAAGGGCAAUUGGUGGCAUAGCUUCAACCAAUCAACCUCAAUGAGAAAUCUCUGUCUUUAUUUAUUUGUUUUAAUUUUCCCCACUUCCCACAAGUUGUUGUAUUGGAUCAUGGCUGUUUCAGCCUAGUGCUGUGUUGAAGUGCAAGAGGGAGCAUGUGUACGGCUGUAUGCAGCUGUGAGCAGAUGGUAACUCCUUCCACAGUAACCCACUUUUCUUCCCAAUAACCUUCUCUGGAUCCCUCUCCUCCUUAUGCCAGUUAGGGAGCUGUGCUUAAAACAUGCGAUGUCUCGAGCUCCUUUGGCUUUGUUUCUGAUUGGUCCAAUUCCUCUGCUGUCUCCUCUUCACACAGGCCUGAUUGUUUUGGUAGAUUGCUCUGUCCUCCUGUUGUGUGAAUUUAGAGAGAGGCAGAAGAAGAGGGUGCUCUCAGCACAUCAGGUUUGGAGGUAGCAUCAGUGAUUGCAUUGUGAAAUAGGGAAGUCCUAGAAGAAAAGGCGCUUGGCUGUCUCCUUAUGUCCUCAAAAGCCGCUGCUUUGGUGACCGCCAAGCAAACGCUCUUGCUCUUGUGCAUGCCUACAGCCAGCUAGCAUGCUGCAGCUUUGGUCUGUGUUAGCUCUGCUGUCGUUUUCCUCUUCACUCUGUUAAAAUCUCUUGGUUCUCCUAUAGAUCCGUGACAGUGACAUCCAGUGAUGUCACUGGAUGUGACAGACCUUUGAGAAAAGUUGUGAUUAUAAAGCUGCUUUGGCUUGAUUCAGGACCAAGCCCUUGGGUUCCUCUAUAUUUUCUUUUUCUUUGUGGUCUGUUACAGUAGAGGUGGCUGGAAUGGUUUUUACCACAGGACAGUGAAAGGACUCAUGACUGAGUGGGUCCCUUGGGGCAUUUUGGGGGGUGUGUCAUGGCAACCACAGGUUGAAACAGAGGUUAACUACGUAACUCCGAGUGAUGCCUUAACUUGGUCAAUGCAUUUUGCAGCUCAGCUUCUGGGGCUCACUGGAUAGUGAGACCAGCUUAGGACUGCUUACCAAUAGCAUUGUGAGACCCACAACAGAGCUUGAUUUCAGCUUGAAGAGGAUAAAGGAGUUGUUUUGCAGAGUGGUUUGUUUCAGCUAUUGAAUACCACUGACUAUUUGUGAAAACACAAUAAGUAAAGAAACUCUACUUCUCAGAGUCUGCCUGGGUCCUGUUUGGUCAGGGGAGAAGCUGGAAGAAGACAUAGCUGUCAGCUAAAGCUGGGAUAGCUGUCAGCUAAAGCUGGGUGACCAGGAGGAUCAUGGUGUACUCUUUAUGACUAGAGGAUAGUGUAAAAGAAUUUAUUACUGCUGUUUUUUUUUAGGUCCAGGUCAGUUCCCAAAUUCCUCCCUUAGUCUGCACACUUGCAGAUGGCUUCUCUACAAUUUAAAUGUUGUAACCCAUGUUCGUUUGUGAGAAGGAGCCUGUAUCAACCUGUGUUAGUGGCCACUGACCCUCUCUUUGGGGAGGUUAAAAACUAAAAUGGAUCUUUCUGUGGCAGCACUGUGUUUUGUCACCGAGAGCAGAGAAGCUUAGUUUUCUGGAGAGGAAGUUAACCUUGGAAAUGAGAAUGUGAAUAGUUACUGCUGAGAGCUACCUGCUGGGUCACGCCUGUGGGUAACAGGGAAAAGGACUUAGGUCUAGAGAAGGGAUCUCAUAGCGAGUCUGCUGCUAUUAUGUGACUCUCUGGGAUCUGCUGGAAUGAGUAAUUUUCUUUCACAAACCUGAAGAAGCUUUUUUCCUAUUCUUUGGUAUUAAUCAUAAAAACACCUUAGCCUUCAGAAAUCAAAUCCUAGAAGUACCUGGGUAGGGUUCUUUAGCCAUCCGAAUGAUGGUUCUGGUCGCUCUGUGACUUCUUUAGCAGCUACGAUGAUGCCUUCUGGCAUGGGCCUUGCUUUUUGCUCUGAAUGCAGCUGAAGCACAGCAACAGGUGACUCAUGCUGGUUUCGGGGCAGCCAGGGAUGUGCUCAGCCCUGUGAAGCUGUGUGUUUUGGGGCUGGCUAGGCUGACUCCAGCUGAGCCUUUCUAGGUGCAGAGCUUUUACUUGUGAUGCCUGCACAGUAGUUUCUUACUCAGGGCUGCUGUGUUUCUCGGCUGGUGUGGAAGCAGGUGUGCCAUCAGAUGCUCUCUUGCCCUCUGCCAUGCACUGGAGGAGUGGAGGACCUGGUGUUGUUUGGUACCAGGAACUAAGAAGUGUUAGAAAUCCUCACUUGUCUGUUUCCUUCCUGCUUGCCUCUAAGCCACCUCUGCUGCUGAGUUGUCCCCAUCGCUGUUUGCAGCUGGCAGGCAGUUGUCCUUUGGUCAAAGCCAGGGCUCAGUGCUUCGGGUGCAGCAGUGCUGUACAGCAUGGUUCCUGGCCCAGAAUCAUGCCUCGCUGAUUUCUUUUGGCCUUUCAUUUCAGCGGGCAGUGUUUGACCAAAUGCUGCAGUUGUGAUGAGGUGACGAGUUGUACAGGGCUGUCACCCGCUGCUCUGGUUUCCUCUUGCGCAUCAGAACUGCUACUGCUGAGUGUAUCUGAGGAAUUCACUUCCAAGCACUUUAAAAAAACAAAACAAUUGCUUUGAAAACAGUUUGCUGAAGUAUCUCCUUCGGUGCUGAGUCGCUGUGAUGGCCGCCUCCACCUCGCUCAGCACGCACUGCUUUGUGCUGGGGGUGUUUGGGUGAGGAGCACAGGCAUGGGAGCAGCUUUGCCUACAGGUGUAUGUGGGCAUAGUGCUCACCUGUGUGUGGGGGGAGCUGCUUCCUUUUGCUGCAUGUACUGCAAACAUGAGAGCUGAAUGUCUGGGACAGUCUUGUACAGGACUUUCUUUUUUUGAAGAGGUGCAAGAUUUGAGUGCAUGUUUACUUGCCCCAGAUCAAAGGUUUUGAACACUAAGGUCACUAUCAGCUGAAUGGACCCUUCUCUUGGCGCUCUUCUGUCUUCAGGCAAUCCAAGCUGCUGCCCUUUCUCUCCCACUUUUGCUGUACCUAUUGUUGGGUUUUGGUCUUUUCACUUCCAAGAGAGCUAUGUACAGAAAAAAUGAAAGCAAUUAAAUGUUCAAGCCAUAACAUCAUGAGUGCGGGAAGAGCCUCUGCACGAGUUUUAAUGUAUUUAUAUGUGAAACGAUGUUUGUAUGAAAUAUUUUCACGGUAGAAUGCAUAUUUAACAAAAGAAGUUGCGGUAAGAUGAAACAGAGUUGAAAAGGAUGUGUUUUGUAAAGGUGCAACUGUGAUUGGUUACUGCUAAGUAGAAUUCUUUUUCUUUAGGGGAGAUGCAACCAAUUAUUGCGAGCUGCAAUUGCGAGAGGUCCUUUCUGCUGUUUGGGGAAGUAUUUAUGCAGCAUCCCGUGUGGCUGCCAUAACUCAUGGCGAUGGCCAGGCCGGUCACACGUUCAGGACAUACCUCUCCCGCCCCACGCCAGCCCUGUCCAAACGGGGCCCUCCCUCCUUUCUGCGGUUUCCUCCUGUGCGACUUUUCCUACUGUAACUGUACCGGGUUGAACUCUUGAGCUGAGAUCCAGACUAAAGUUGUGUGUCACUCAGCAGUUUCUGCCGGGCCUUCUGCUGUUUUAAUACUCUGUAGCCCAUCCUUACUGGGUCUCUUUGUUCUGAAGAACUAAGUGCUAAAGAAUAAUCCUUGGGGUGAGCUUACACGCGCGUUCACAGUUAACCCCGGCGUAUCUAACUUGUAUACAGUACUUGAUAGGUGUUUUAUGACAUUUGUACUCGAACUAUGAGCCUUACUGAACAUCUGUAGGUUUAUUCAUGACUUUUCAAAAUGGAUAACUCUAAGAAAGAUGUUUACAUGACUGACGAUUGCCCUUCCUUUGAUGUUAUGAAUGAGGUUUUUAUAGUGUGUUUGGGUGUAUGUGCAAGGAAGCAAGAAAAAAAAAACACAAAACGUUUCUGGGAAAAAAAAACAAAAACAAAGCAACAACCAACAAACAGACUCGGGAAACAUUUGUAAUAAGUGAAUUUUAAAGAUCGCUUUAAUUGCGCUACGGAGGCAAUGCAGAUAUUAAACUAUUCAACACAAGCGCUGUGUGUCCGUGUUCGCUGCGCGGCGCCCAUCCCCGCGGGCUCUGAGGGCCGGGCCGCCUGUCGGACCGGGCCAACCCCUGUGGCCGGGCUCCGCCCCGCCGGAGCGACAUGGAUCGCUACCGGUACUUCGUCUUCAACCAGCGCAACAUGGUGCUGCUGGGGCUGCUGCAGGUGGCCUUCAGCACGCUCUGCGUCGUCAGCGGGCUCGUCGACGGCGUGUUCGGGGGCGAGUCGCCUCUGGGCAGAACCAGAGCUCCCGUAUGGGCCGGGAUGGUGAUGGGAGUCCCGGGCGUCCUGGCGUUGUUUUCCUCUCAGAAGAAGAACCCGGUCCUUGUGAAUGUGCUGAUAGCAGCAUCUAUGCUGUCCUGUGUGUCCAUCCUCAUUGUCAUAGUUUACAGCUCCCUGACGCUGUCCUAUGGAGAAAAGGAGGAGCUAAGCUCUCACCCGGUACACGUUGUGCAUACAAAGCUUGCUCUGAAUAAAGUUGUCAAGGGUGCAAACAUCAUCAUGUUAAUUGCAUCCAUCUGCAGCACUGUUGUUGUGCUGGUCAUUGCCUACCUGGGGUGUCGAAGUCUUCCUCGCUGCUCGUGCUAUGACAGCGUAACUGGGAUGGAAUGGCUGCAGCCUUGUGACGACCAGAUUCAGGCUGUGGAAAUGGUUUGCGCUGUACAAAGUCCUGGGGAUGGAAUUCUUAACUUCCCAGCUCGGUUUCCAGUUCAGGACUGUGACGUGGAGGAAGAUGCAUCCAAACCUCCGCCAUACAUCAGAAUGGCUUGAAAAAGUGAUGGACUGAUCUAAAGCUGCUAGUUGAGAUGUGCAGCGAGAUGGACAAAAGGAGUUCUUCCUAUUUAAAUUCAUUUUCUGGGCCUUUAUACAGAAUGUACAUGGAAGGAGAGACCUGUUGAAGGCCCAGUGGUCAGCAAAGAUCUCAGCAAAUGGAGAGACCUGCAGAUAUUUGGAGACAUUCAGACUCUGUAUAGCUGAAAUAGCUCAUUGCCUCUUGGAAGUGUGGGCUUUUUUAUCCGGCUUUUAUACUUUGUUCGUGUGUUCUUCCACUAGAAUUCAUGGUGCAGUUUGCCUAGCAGUGCCGGCUGUACACAUUUAAACAUUAAAUGCAGUUUAUUUUUAAGAGAAA